AUGAAUAAUUCUGAUUUUCAUAUCGACAAGAAAGCAAGAUUACUGAUGUCAGAAGAGAGCAAAAACAACAACGACACACAAGAGGUGUUCACCAAUGUCGGAGAUCAAGUCCAGAGUGUAGACAAUACGGUUAGACAGACUGGAGCAGCCGAUGCGGAAGGUCAUCCCGUUCAAGAAGUUGAAUCGAUGUGUAUGAACUGCCAUAAGAACGGUACCACUAGAAUGCUUUUAACAAGAAUUCCUUAUUUUAGAGAGAUUAUUAUCAUGUCAUUUGAAUGUCCUCAUUGUGGUUUUAAAAAUAGUGAAAUUCAACCAGCCGCUCAAAUUGCGGAAAAGGGAGCAAGAUAUGUUUUGAAAGUUGAGGAUAAGAAGGAUUUCAACAGACAGGUUGUCAAGUCGGAAACAGCAACUGUCAGAUUUAACGAAUUGGAUAUUGAAAUCCCACCAAAGAGGGGUCAAUUGAUCAAUAUUGAAGGUAUCCUACAAGAAAUGAUUACCGAUUUAGAAUCUGAUCAAGAGGAGAGAAAAAAAUUGCAACCAGAGUUGUACCAAAAGAUACAGGAGGUGAUUGACAAGAUAAAGCUGUACAUCAAUGCUGAACCUGGCACUUUACCUUUGACUGUUAGUAUUGAUGAUCCAGCUGGUAAUUCAUGGAUAGAAUAUGUGCCUGGAGAACCAUCACAUAAAUGGGCCAUGUAUGAAUACAACAGAACAGCUGAACAAAAUGUGUUUUUGGGACUUAUAUCAGCCGACGAUGUUGCCAAGCACAAGCAAGAAGAGCUAGAGAAUAAAAAACAAGCCACUGAUGCUAAUAUCUCAUCGAACUUGAACAAAAAAGAUGAACCUGCAACAGUGGUUGGCUUAUCAGAUGCCACUGAAAUUGAAAAUCUUGAAAAUGAAGUACAAACUUUUGAUGCCACUUGUUCAGCAUGUUACAAGCCAUGUUCUACCCACAUGAAAUCGGUAAAUAUCCCCCAUUUUAAAGAAGUUAUAAUCAUGUCUACUGUAUGCGAUCAUUGUGGAUACAAGUCCAAUGAAGUCAAGACUGGUGGCGAAAUCCCACCAAAGGGUAAAAAGAUCACUUUAAAAGUCACUGAUCCAGAAGAUUUAGCAAGAGACAUUUUGAAAUCGGAAACAUGUGGAUUAAAUAUCCCCGAGCUAAGCUUGGAUUUGACACCAGGUACUUUGGGCGGUAGGUUCACUACCAUUGAAGGAUUAUUGAAUCAAGUCUCUGAUGAAUUGCACACACGUGUUUUCACACAAACGUCAGAUUCAAUGGAUGAAGAAACCAAAACUAGAUGGGUUGCGUUUUUCGCGAAGUUGCAAGACGCAAUUGAUGGUAGAGUUGGCUUCACUAUUGAAAUGGUGGAUCCAUUAGCUGCUUCUUAUAUCCAAAACGUUUAUGCCCCCGAUAAUGAUCCAAACAUGACCAUUGAAGAGUUUGAGAGAACUUUUGAUCAAAAUGAGAGUUUGGGAUUGAAUGAUAUGAAAACUGAUUAA